ACCAUGAAAGCACUGGUGACGAGUGGAGACGGAGGAUUCGAAAUCAAUGAUAUUGCCAUACCGGUCCCAGAUCCCGAUGAGGUUUUGGUCAAGGUGCAUUCUGUGACGCAGAACCCUACUGAUUGGAAAAGCGCCAUUGUCAAUCGACAACGUGGCAAUGUGGUCGGUUGCGAUUUUUCAGGGACUAUCGUCGUCCUUGGCCAAAACGUGUCCCAUGAUGUGAGGAAGGUUGGAGAGAGAGUUGCUGGGGUUGUACAUGGAGGUAUAGGUCCCAAUGGUGCUUUCGCCGAGUACGUGGUCGUCCCAGCGGACCUCGUCAUCGUCAUACCAGACACCAUGUCGUUCGAAAAUGCUGCUCAGCUAGGUGUCGCGUGCUUCACAUCGUGCCAAAGUCUCUAUCAAAGCCUCAAACUCCCAACCCCUCUCGAGCCCACUUCUACUCCCAAAGACGUUCUUAUAUGGUCCGGGACUUCUUCUACAGGGCAAUAUGCUGUGCAGUUUGCCAAACUAGGGGGGCUGCGUGUCAUUACCACGGCUUCGCCGCAGAACUUUGAACUUGUCAAGUCCUUAGGUGCAGACGAAGUGUUCGACUAUGCAGACUCGAAGACACCGAAGAAAAUUGUCGCCGCAAGUGGGGGAAAUUUGAAGCACGCUGUUGACUGCAUUAGCGAAGGGAUGACGCCGAACCAGGUUAGCAUGUCCCUGAGCAGGCAGGGCGGCACGAUUGCUACGCUUCUUCCAUACGAGAGCAAAAAAAAGGGGGUGGACGUACAGUUUGUCGUCUGCUACGCAAUAUUCGGAAAGGCUAUCGAAUACCCUUUCCCGUUUCCUGCCAACGAGGAGUAUAGUCGAAACGCGAGUAUGCAUGCUAAGAUGAUAUCACAGAUUGUUGCGCAACACAAUCUCACGCCAAUACCCAUCAAGUUAUUUCCCCGUGGUUUGGCAAGCGUUGCGGAUGGAAUAGAGUAUAUGAAGUUGGGCAAGGUCCAUGCUGAGAAGAUAACGUAUAGACUUGCUGAUACCCCAGGUGUUGGCACUGCCUGAAAAGGCAAGUCAGCAUUGUCACGGAGAUUGCAGUGGGAGUCAUGAUGUGGCAGAUUCCGUAUAUAUGUACUUUACCACUCUUGGGUGUGGGAGCAAAAUAGUAUUGAUAAUCUCGAUC